AGCCAAUUCAAUCCAGCCUAAUCCAGGUCGUUGCCAAAAGAAGCCGCGAGUUGUCUGCGUGCGUGCGUAAGCCUCCCGCUAACGCUACGCUCCACCCCGACACACACGCACACACUCACUCACCCUCACACACAGCGAAGGAGCAGACACUCCCCAAAACCUUACUGCUCCCUCUUCCAUCCCCCAUCCAACCCUUCGCUGCCCACGAACUUGCCGCUUGCUGCUUCUGUUGCUCCAUCAAUAGGGACGAUACUCCAUCUAUAAUCGUUAACCCUUGCCUGGUCUUCACUGUUCCAGUUGUUCAUUCCUUGACCACCUUUCACCAACCCCACCUUCUUUUACGACAAGCGACCGACACGGAACAGUCCUUCUCGAACCGGCACGAUUUUAAUUAAGGUUCUGUUCGUUGUUCCUGAGAUCGCUCAUCACAAUAAUGUCGAAUCCGCCACCACCUUCUGAGGAUCCUGUGGCAUGGGCCAAGCACCUGACAGGUGCUUUCGCUGAUGCUAUCCACAAGAAGCGUGCAGAGUGUUUAACAAAACAGACCCGUAAUCUUUCCCUGGGCUCGCCUCCAUCACGACCUCCACCACCAAUACCUUCCAACAGUUCGUCCUCAUCGAGGUCAUGUGUGCGUCCUACAACACCCUCGAGUUCUUCGUUAUCCUCACCCCGGCCCGGCCUUCGUAAAGCAAGGUCCAAGUUCACCCUUACCACAUCUUCUUCCUCUAGGUCACAAGAAGUCGGCCCCGAUGGAUUACCAGCAUAUACAAGAUCGGGGGCGACAAGAGAGUCGCAUCCGCCCGAGGAUGUUGCGUCCCUAAAAUUUAGGGGGCAGUUGAUGCUACUUGCGAAUACCCCAGCGAGAUAUGAGAAUCCGGGAUUGUUGGAUGAAGCGCUUACGUUGAUUCCGCUGAAUCGAAUCUAUGCGGAGGCUGAGGAGGAGAGUCAAAUGUAUGAGGCAGAGGCUAGGAGUUUGGGAAAGGAGCGUGGAAAGUGGGGCUAUCAAGAUUGUGUCAUCAUGGCUUUGUUAAGAUGGUUCAAACGUGAUUUCUUCACUUGGAUUAACAACCCGUUAUGUCCUAUCUGCUAUUCGGAAACCUCGCCUGAAGGAAUGACACAACCAUUGCCCGAUGAAACUGCUAGAGGAGCCACAAGAACUGAAUUGUUCAAGUGCACGAACAUGAAAUGCGGUACUUAUGAGCGCUUCCCACGAUAUAGUGAUGUUUGGGCGUUACUCAACACCAGAAGGGGAAGGUGUGGAGAGUGGGCAAACUGUUUCUCGAUGUUGUGUAGGGCGGUCGGGAGCCGUGUCCGUUGGGUAUGGAACAGCGAGGAUCACGUUUGGACCGAGGUCUAUUCAGAACAUGUUAACCGAUGGGUUCACAUUGACUCCUGCGAAGAGGCAUGGGAUAAGCCAAGGUUAUAUGCAGAGGGCUGGGGUAAGAAAAUGGCCUACUGUAUUGCGUUCUCCCACGAUGGAGUUACAGAUGUCACCCGCCGCUAUGUUCGACUUCAGAAAUACGCUCUUCCUCGAACAAAGUGUCCCGAAGCAGUACUGGUGCAUAUUCUCAACGAGAUUAGGACAACGAGAAGGGAACGCUUGAGUCCUUCUGACAUUAAGAGAUUAGAGAAGGAGGAUUAUCUAGAGGAGAUUGAGUUUCGGAGAUUCGAGUGGCAAGCUUUGGAGGCCGAGGCAACAAAGAAUGGUGCUCGUAGGACUACGGCCCCAGGAGAGAAGCGUCCGAGACAGAGUGGUACCACCGAUUGGAAGCAUAGCAGGGGGGAGAACGGCAUAGCAUCUGAGACUGUUUCACCAUUAGAUGCACCCGAUGCCAGAAUGAUGGAACAUGAUGGGCACUGAUUGACGCCGAGUGCUUCAAUGACAUAAUUUCGGGGAUGGUGUUGAAGAGAAAAAAAAAGAAAGAAAGGCGGGGACUAGCAUUGAUGAGGAGUUAUUCAUUUUUAGUUUUAUUUGUUUGGGUAUUCUCCGAGACGACCAACGACUUGUGUCACGGCAGACCUUGUUGCUACGAUGUUUGAUUAUACGACGGGAACAACAAUGCUUGGGCUAGUCUUGUCGGGGUUGUGGGAAAGUGAAAGGUACUAGCACUUGUAUGAAUUGCG